UGGUUUUGGUGUUGGUGGUUCGGGAACGUCGCGAUGUCUUGGCGGUCCCUGGCAGGCGAUAAAGUGUCGAUAAAGAGUCGAUGAAGAUCCAAACUGUUGUUGGUGUUAGAGACAAAUCAAUCUGGCUUUCUUAAAUACGAUCAGUGUUACUGGUGAAUCCAGUGAGGGGGUGAAAGGGACACGCAUGCUUAUGUGUCAUUCAUUGUGACGGCCCUGUGAUGGUGGUGGCAAUCUCCGUGUCCUUUUUUUUCGCAGGUUUCCUCUCCAACUCCCUUUCCCUGCAGGAACCCCAUCCUAACUUGGAUGCAAGAUCGAUCACUGUCGGAACAACCCCCCUUCCCGCCGUCACUCAUUUUUCUCGCCACCAUCAUGAUUCACGGAUCAUAUCGUUGACAAAUUCACCUUUCACUGUGUUUGAGUCAUUGUCAUGUAUCCUGCCUGAGGCACUGAUACUCACUGCUUGGAAAUAUAGCCCACCCUGCAUCCCAUUCAUUCAUUCAUUCAUAGUAUCCUUUAGCUUCAGACCUUCAGAUGAGAAAACAGAGGUCCUAUAGGGACCCUGUGGCCUAUACUGACGCUACACACGCUAACACAACCGAGGAGAAGAAUAGCCUCAAUCCUGUUCUUGUAGCUAGGCGGGCAUCCUACUACGGAGAUAUCCGUCAAAGA